AUGACAAGUUCCGGCGUGCCUAUGACCAACUACUGGGCCGAAAGCAGAGCGUUCGCAGACGCCAAAUCUAGUGCGAACAGACAAGCACAAGCGCUCAUUCGACAAGUCCUCUUCCCACGUGUAGAAAGUGACUAUUCAACAGUAGGGAUGCAAGGAGAUCGAGCUGUAAACAGUGGCUCCUUUGACGGAGGCUCGCUCAUAGCUUCAAUAACACUCGAAAACAGUGUUGAGCAGCAAUAG